AUGAGCUUUGAAGAUAAAAAUUAUUCUUUUAGCGGAAAAAGAAAAGAGAAAGGUGUUUCUAGUUACAAUGAAGAAUUAAUAAAAUGUGAAUCUAGUGAUAAAUGUGAAUAUAAAACAAAAAUAAAAGUAAGGAUAGGAAAUAAUCAAAGGAUAUUAUUAUUAUUAAGACAUUUGAAUGAAGAAUAUUAUUUAAUAUUACAUCAGCAUAAAUUAAUAAUAGGUUAUCCUAUGAUAUAUAGAAAGAUAGCACCUGAGAGAUCUACAUAUCAUUAUAAAGCAUUUUAUGAAAAGGGUGAUGAUACAUAUGAAAACCAGAAUAAAAGAGGUAAAGAUAGAUGUGAAGGAUAUAAAUUUAAUGAUCAAGAUCGAUUAAGUAUACCAAUAUUUGAAGAUUUUAAUGAUAAGACAUUUUCUAUAUGUUGUUCAUGUGCAGAUACACCUAUAACAUUUGAAUCUAACAGUACAAUAUAUGGUGGUUUACCACGAAAUAUGAGAUUACAAUGUAUUAAUGAUAAUGAAACAAAUAGAAAAUUAUAUAAAGAAAGAAUUGUAUCUGUAAAAAAGAGUAUACGUCAUCUUUUACCAUUUUAUGCUAUAUUUCGUUUUAUGAGUGAUGUUAAAAUAUUUAUAAUAUUUCAUAUAAAUAUAAUAAAAAAAGAAAAAGAUUUUUCUACUUAUUAUAAAUUAUAUGAAGAAAAAAAAAAUAAUCUAAAUAAUAAUAUAUCAUAUAGAUAUGUAUUAGAUGAUUCUAAAAAAGAAAUUAAAUUAUUUGAUGAAAAAAUAUUUAAUAUAAGUUCUUCUUCAUCUGCUUUUGAUAAUAUUAAUAUACCAAGUAUAUAUAAUAAUUAUUUAUUAUAUCCAUUUUUUCCUGAUGAAUUAUAUAAUAUAAAAUAUGAUACAUUGGAAUAUGGAUGUUCUUAUAAUAAAGCUUUAAAAUUUGAAUGUAUUGAAAAUGAUGAAAAAAAAUGUGAAUAUACAGAUUCUACUUGUUUAAAAAAAUCUAUAUUAAUACCUAUUACAUAUGUAUCUGAUAAAAAUGAUGUAUGUGGAUUGAUAGGUUAUAAUGAUGUAUCUAUAUGGAAAAAUGAAAACUGUUUAGAAAAUAUAAAAUGUAUAAAAAAUACAGUAGAAUCAUAUUUAAAUACAGCUCAAGAAAUUACAAAAGGUAAUGAAGAAAUAUUAACAAAAUUGCCUAUCAUUAAUGGAAAAUAUCCUCAUUAUAUUUUUAAAAAAAAAAAUUAUGAUAUAAAAUCUUCAAUUAAUAAAAGAUCUAUUCAGUUCUUUACAGACACAAAUAUAGAUCAUUAUAUAGCAUAUGAAUAUUAUAAGGAAGACCGUACAGAAUUUAUAUUAACUAUUAUAAAUCAAAAAAAUAAUAGUCAUCAAGAAACUCAAAGUCUUGAAAUGAAAAAGUUCAAAGGAAAAAAUGAAGAUUAUAUGGGUCAUACGAAUGAUCCUUAUAAUCAACAUGGUCAACAUAAUAAUGGACAACAUGGUCAACAUAAUAAUGGACAACAUGGUCAACAUAAUAAUGGCCAACAUGAUAAACAUAAUAAUGGACAACAUGGUCAACAUAAUAAUGGCCAACAUGAUGAACAUAAUAAAAUGCACAGAAUCAAUUCUGAUAGAAAUAAAAAUGAUUAUAUUCCAUCUUCCUAUUUACAUACAAUAUAUAAAACAUUUAGCGAACAUAUAAACCGAAAUAAUGGAAAUAUUUAUGAUGAUGAAAAAAAAAAUUUAUAUGAUGGAACUGUUUUUUAUAUAGAAACAUUAAAUGAAUUAAGAAUUAUAAAUAUAUUAUUUUCAGAUUCAUGUAAUGAAUUGAAUACUGAUACUUGUGGAGUUCUUGUACAUAUAUGGAAUCCAUCUAAAGAGGCUAUCAAAGGUAGAUUAAAAUUACAAUGUUUUAUAAACAAAGAAGAUAAAUAUACUGAUGAAAAAAAUCUGGUGUAUGAACAAGGAGUUUAUCAUUUUUUGUUCUUUUUUAAAGUACCUUUAGAAACAUUUUUAUCAUUCAGAAAUUGUACUGUACAUGCAUAUGGAGCUUUCCAAUUAUAUGAUAUGCAAACCUAUAUUAAUUAUAAAAAAAGCUUCUUUAGAAGGUUUUUUUAUCAUCAACCUAAAGAAAUUAAUGGUAUUGAAUUAUAUGCUCAAGGUAUAAAGAAAUUUAUUUGUUGCCAAGAAGAUAUACAUAUAUGUAAAAUUAAAAACAUACCUCAAUGUAAUACAAAAGAAUCUCUUAAUCUAAUAAGUGUUUUUAUUUCCAUAUUAAUCCUUUCUCUUAUUAUUCUUAUCUAUUUUACUGGAUAUAAAAAAAAAAAAAAUACAAACACCCAAGAAAAUCUUCAAAGUACGCAAAAUGUUUCUCUCAACCAAAACGGAACAUCAUAA